GUUUAAGCAAGCGAGAAACGCAGCUGACGCCCAGUCAGAAAUACCUAGCUAUCAGCCGUAUGCCCAGCUUAUUGGAGUACCUGAGCUACAACUGUAACUUCAUGGGCAUCCUGGCGGGGCCCACGUGCUCCUACAACGACUAUAUAGCCUUCAUCGAAGGGAGGGCCUAUCAGCCGCGGCACCAGGAGAACGCCAACGGCAAGGAGAACGGAAAGUUCAGGCUGAGCGAACCCUCGCCGAAGAAUGCUGUCAUCUCCAAGCUGUGCACCUGUGCUCUCUGUCUGGUCAUCUAUCUGUCCCUGUACAAGCUGUUCCCAGUGGACUACUCCAUAAAUGAUGACUUUGUCAGAUCUGCGCCGUUUUAUGUCCAGAUCAUCUACCUUUACCUGGCUAUGCUGGCUCUGAGGCCAAAGUACUACUUUGUCUGGACACUUGCUGAUGCCAUCAACAACGCUGCAGGAUUUGGCUUCAAUGGCUACAACGCAGACGGCUCUCCACGGUGGGACCUGAUAUCAAAUCUCAGAAUUCUGGACAUUGAGCUCGCCACUAGUUUCAAGCUGUUUCUAGACAACUGGAAUAUUCAAACAAGUCACUGGCUUAAAAGGGUGUGCUACGAGCGAUGCCCCAUCAACCCCACAGGAGCAACCUUCCUGCUGUCAGCCUUGUGGCACGGCGUGUACCCCGGCUACUACAUGACCUUCGUCACCGGCAUCGGCAUGACCAUGGCUGCCCGUGCAGUAAGGCACAACAUCAGGCCACACUUUUUGGCCUCCGAGUCGUACAAGUCCAUGUACGAUGUCAUCACGUGGGUGUCCACACAGGUUGCCAUCUGUUACACCGUGGUGCCGUUCGUCCUACUCGCUGUAGAACCCUCGCUCAAAUUCUACAGCUCCUGGUACUUUUCCUUACACCUCCUGUGUCUGCUCAUCGUGCUGGUCCUACCCGUCAAAUCGAGGCGCCGGCAGCCCGAAGAGCAGCAGAGCGGCCUGCAGGAGUUCACGCGGGGCAACCAGACGGACCACAACAACAGCACAGACAGCAACUGCAACCAGAAAGACAAGACCACGUGAGACCUGGGACAGCGACACACAGUCCUGUUGACAACAGGGACAAGAACGUUGACGGAAAGUGUGUCACGUUUGUUUACCUGACAAAGAACCAAAAAGAAAAAAAAAACAGAAAAAACAUUCGAGCAGAAAACACAAACCCUGUCCAAACUUCUAGUAGCAACGAUGACAGCAGACAUAAAGACACAAAGAUAAAUCGAACGGGAUAAUGGAUGCUUUAAAUAACUUUAGUCGGGGGGAAAACAAGAAUUUCCAAGCUGCCUUAAACUCUCAAUGUGCUCUGCAGGUGGGAAUAAAGAAAAUAAAAAUGGCAGACUUUGAGAACCUAAAUGCAGUUCCAUCGGUGAGGUAUUAUUUUUAUCUGAGCUGUAUGUGGAGGGUUUUUGUCAUUGUCUGGAUACAAGCCUCUGUUUGGUGAGAUGUGUACGUAUAAAAGAAACACAAUCUUUAUCAUCAGCUGCCAACUUCAGACGGGCCUUAGGAACUUUAAACUCUUUUGUUUCUGUAUCUUUAAAAUCUUUGUGAGGAAUUCUCACAUUAUGUGCGUUUGAGUUUAUUUGAGAACACUAUUUGAAACGGGAUUUGGAAACAGUCUCCAUCCAUGGAAAGUUUAAGAGAAAGUUAAAGUCCAUAAACGUUUUUUUUUAUAAAUAUAUAUAUAUAUAUAUAUAUUUCAUGUUAUUGAUCUGUUUGGAUAACUCCUCAGAUAAACAAGGGUUCAAAGGGAGUUUAGCGACCCCUCCUGUGAUUUAAAGACAAUUUUUAAGGUUUGGAAGAAGAGAAGCAAUUUGUUUGUACAAAUUUAACGGCUUAAACCAUUUGUUUAUGGUAAAUUGAAUUAUUUUAUUUAAUGUGCAGGUAAGGGUGGUCAUUUGGAAGCUGUUUAUUUGAUUGCUUUGUCAAUGCCUUGUUGUCUUUUUUAUUUUUUGGGGUGGGAACAUGAAGUGAAAAUUAAGCAAAGUUAAAGCUUUCUCAUUGUUCAUCAUAAAAGGAAAAGUUUAUGUGUCUGCUUAAGACGAUAUCUAGAGAUUUUAGGUUUCUUUUGUUAAAAAUGUGCUUUAAUAUUUGUUUAURCUUACAGGAAAAACAGUCAUUUAAAGCAGAAGUGAGCUAAUUUUAAGAGUGGACCUCAUUAGGACUUUCUAACAUUUACAUCUUCCUGCCAUAACUCGUGUGUGUAUGUGUGUGUUUACCAUUUCUUGUGAUCUGUACAUGCCGAUUGCGGUUUUAAGAAAUCUAUAUUUGUUGCCCAAGUUAUGCAUCAAUGAGGGAGGACCACCGGAAAGGUGGGCGGGGUUUAUGUCAUACUACAAACAUGGCAACUACUGCACUGCAUGGCCACCCAAACCAGCAGAUCAAUGCAAACCGCUCCAUAAGUCCAAAGUGCCAAACUACAAAUGUCUCAUUUUGUUUUUUUUGAGUGUAUGUAAGCGUGUGUGUGUUUGGUGCGUGUGACUGUGUAACAUAAUGGGUAUUUUUUUCUGUGUUGGAAAGAAAUUUAUUGAAAGAAUAUUUGUAUAACAGUACAUUUAAAAAAAAGAAUUUAUGUGGAAAAAUAAAGAGAAACUAUUUUUAACACUAA